AUAGCGGCGCGUGUGUGCACGUGUGUUUAUUAUCCCUAUUUUUCAAGUUUUUAUUGUAUUUCACUACAAAUUUACAAAACUUUUAAAAUGGGUAAAAUAAAGCAAGAACCCGUAGAAAAUGAGGGUGAAGGUGACGUGAAAGUUAAAAGCGAGCAACUCGGUUAUGAAGACAAAAUUGUUAACUGCAGCGUGAUCGCCAAACCCAUGGCGCCUAAGAAAUUAAGCAAAAAGAUUUAUAAACUGAUUAAGAAAUCCAGCAGCCACAAGAAUUACAUUAGAAACGGACUGAAGAUUGUCCAAAAACAGCUCCGGCUUGGCGAGAAAGGAAUUGUUGUGUUCGCUGGUGACAUAUCUCCGAUUGAAAUCAUGUGCCACUUGCCUGCGGUUUGUGAAGAAAAAGACGUCCCGUACUGCUACACUCCGAGUAGGAAGGACAUCGGAGCUGCUAUGGGCACCUUGAGAGGAUGUAUCAUGGUCCUCGUGAAGGAACAUGAUGACUACAAAGAACUGUAUGAUGAAGUUAAAAGCGAGAUCAAAAUGCUUGGGCAUCCGUUAUAAAUUCCAAUUUUUCU